CUGAAAGGCUGAAACGAACAGGUGUCUUUCAACCCAGAAACACGGUCUCUUUCAAGCUCCGAUACAACACGAGAAAAGACAAAGAAAAGGAGAGUUGAAGAAGAACCCAGAUAGAGACUGCUCACUGGUUACUGGUCAAUUGGGCAAUGGGGUUUCGUUCUUUUUCCAAGAUUGGUAAAACCGUUGAGAAAGUUUCUGCAUUUUGGAUUAAUGUAAAUAGACAGCAAAAGGGUAUUUGUAAUUCUGCAAAAGUUGGAGUUUUUGAUUGGGAAUGCUUGGAAACAAGAUUUUUGGAGCAGAAGGAGGGCUUUAGGGCAACUGGGUUCGUUGAUUCGAUUGUGGGGAGAAAUGUUUUAGGCAGAUUUAAGGAAAAUUCUGUGCAAUUAAAACGAUUCUUUGGAAGCAGUGGUAAUGGCGCUCAGCUGGAUAGAGAUUUUCUUGCACAGCUUUGGAUUGCUGAUAAGAAAUUGGAAAAGUCCAGAGAAAAAAGAAGAAGAAAAGUUGUUAAGAGUAAGAAUUAUGGUGAACCGGUUUACGAUGCUAGGCUGCAGGGAAGAUGGUUUUCAGGUUCUGCUGUCCCAGAAGAAAAUCCUUAUGAGCAGGGUAAAUCAGUUCUGCGUCAACCUCCAGUCAGUCAGUCUGUCACUGGUUUUCUUGAACCCUCAUCCCCGGAGGAGGUCCAGGUUGCACCACUUCUUGCAAGGUCCAAUUUGCUGAUUACCAGGGACAUUGAGUGGGCCAAUCUUGUACUUGGUUUUGAGCAGCUCAAAUUUAAGAUUGCUUAA